AUGGGUUUUGGUGUCAGAAAACUGAGACGUGUAGGCAUUGUUUUAGGGAUUUCCAACGCUCUCGUUUUCCUCAUUGGCGCCCUUCUCAUUUCCCAAACCUAUCUCCUCUGCGAUCUCCGUUCCUUGCUCCCAUUCGCCGCCGUUUCUUUUGCCGCCGCUAUUAGAAUCAUAGUCAUGUUUCAAACCGCCGUUGCACAACAAUCAGCCGCCACUUUCAUUCUCGACGACGACUCCUCGUCCACCACGGAUCGCCUUCUUUUACGAUAUCACCAACGAGGAAGGUAUAGGAACUGGUUAUGGUGGAGUUGGUGCACCGUCGCGCUCACUGUGAUUCAAUUUCUGUGCGCUACUUACCUUGUUUCCAAAUCAGCUGUCUAUUUCGCCAAAGAUACAGCACCAGCUGUUUGUCUUUUAGAAUUGGGAUGGAAUCUUCACUGGAGGAACCACGCGUUACUUUCCAUCUUCAUGGUCCUUGUUUGUUUGGUUGCUCUAGCUCAGUGCUUUGCAGGAUCUGAUGUUCUCAGAUGGAGAUCUUUCUAUGAAUCCCAUCACAAUGCUUGGAAAUCACAUUAUAGGGAGGUUUUUGAUAACGGUUUACGUGAGACCUUGUGCUGUCUCGGCCGUGUCAAAUACUUGACUGCAAAGGAAGAAGAUGAAGUCUAUUCGGUUGCACGAUUGUUAGGUGACCUUGUUGCUUAUCGGGCUUCUGGAACUGGCCAUAUGGAACUCUUGGCAGCUUUAGCUUUACUCCAGCACAAUCAAAAAUCUUCAGAAUCCUCUGAAGGAUCCAUGGAUGCACCAGAGACGCGAGUUAAGGAGGCUGCGACUCUUCAUAAAUUUGCCGAAGCUGCAUACACUGGUCCGUUGCUUGAUGUUGGACGAAAUCCUCUCAUGUUUCUUUGUUUAUGGCUCUAUAGACAAGGGGUUUUGUCUCCUUGGGCACGCAACAGACGCCCUGCUUUGGAAGGUGAUAACUGGUGGCGAGGUCAUGCUUCAGCCUUUCUAAAGUAUACCAAUUUACCUCCGGAAGCACUCAGACAUGGGAGAGUAAACCAGGCCAAGUGUGAAGCUGCAUAUUUUAUUGUGGUUCUACAUCAUCUACAAACUGUAUUAAUUACUAUACGUGGAACUGAAACGCCUGAGGACCUAAUAACUGAUGGGUUAUGCAAGGAAUGCACCCUUUCUGCAGAUGACUUGUCUGGUUUGAUAAACUCCAACUACAUUCAUCAUGAAACACACAAAAAUGUGACUUCAACGUUCCCCCACUAUGGGCAUUCGGGUAUAGUUGAGGCUGCACGAGAGGUUUAUAUGCAAAUUGAAGGAAACCCUGGAGAGCAUGACACUGAAUCCUAUGGGCUUCUUUCUAAAUUGUUGGGAUUUGGCUGUGAGUGCUUUGGGUAUAAUGUCCGCAUAGUUGGCCAUUCACUUGGGGGUGCUAUAGCUGCAUUGCUUGGAAUAAAACUUUAUAACCGAUACCCCAAUCUGCAUGUUUACUCGUAUGGGCCACUCCCAUGUGUGGAUUUAGUUGUGGCUAAUGCAUGUUCGUCAUUUAUAACAAGCAUUAUAUAUGGAAAUGAGUUUUCAUCCCGCCUUUCGAUUGGAUCCAUGAUGAGGCUGAGGGCAGCUGCUAUCACAUUACUAGCACAAGAUCCUAAAGCUGACAGUGCCAUGAUUUUCAGACUUGCUCGUCGGUUUCUAUUUAUAAGCCAAUAUGAAAGAAAUAAUCAAGAGGCAGAUCAUGAAGUGCUGUGUGACAUUGCUGAUAAAGGCAGCAACAAUCAAGUGGUUCAAGAUGCUUCACUCUGGACUGAGGCUAGUAAAAGGGAUCUUCUUGUUACAGCUGACCAUGGCGAUGAUGAUGACGAACAUGAUGAGAUUUCACUCUGGGCUGAUAGUAGGGCAAGUGACCAUAUCGUUGAAAUCAAUAAUGCCGAAUUUACAAAUUCUUUUGCUUCAGAUGUACAUUCAAGAGAUGAUCCCGUGUCACAGUUUAUAGAUUCUGUUCCAACUUCCGAAAACCAGUCUGCUGAUGAUCCCCCAGAGAUGUAUUUGCCGGGAUUUGUAAUUCAUAUUGUCCCAGACAAGAAAAAACCUCAAACUGAUCGUAAGAGAUUUUGGAGAACGAUGGAGAGGGAUAGAUGUUAUAGAGCUUACAUAGCAAAUAGAGAGAGUUUCAAUGAUAUUAUUGUUUCACCAUCCAUGUUCCUUGAUCAUCUCCCUUGGAGAUGUCAUAAAGCCUUAGAAAAAAUACUGAAAGAUCAAACUGCCAAAGAUCAAAUAACAGAAUGUCACUUAAUCUGA